AUGGCUGCAUCUGCUAACCCCGCGCGGCAGCUGGCGCACUACAACGCACGAAUAGCGGCAUGCGAAGCGGAGCUAGAUGGCCUCAGACGACAGCGGGCUGUGGUCCGGACCGAGGCGGCCGCGAUCGCCAGUGCGUUUGCCCCAAUCAGACGACUGCCGGUGGAGUUGUUGUGUGAAGUGUUCGACUUGUGUGCGCCAUCGGGUCUCGUCCCCGUGAGGAAGCAGGGCGUUCCGGACACGGGGAGCCCUCAGCAGGAGCUGGAGAGAUUGCGGAAGCCGUGGCUGGUGACACUCAGCCAGGUCUCCUGCCACUGGCGCCGCCUCAUACACGGCACACCGAAACUUUGGGCGCACAUCGCGAUCGAGACGGGCACGUGGGGCAGCUGUGGCGUCCGGCCUACAGUACUCUUGGCCCUCCUCGACACGUGCCUUACGCACAGCACGGGUGCGCCGCUGACGCUCCGCGUGAUCACCGAAUCCGACGACCGAUACGCCUCCGACGUUUUUGCUCGGCUUGUGCCUCACUCGGCGCGUUGGCGCGAGGCCGACAUUCGCAUCGAUCGAAAUCUGUUGCAUUUGCUCGGGCCUGUGCGCGGAAAUCUACCCCUCCUCGAGAAGCUCGGCCUGCACACGCGUGCAGAGACAGUAUCCAUGUUCGCAGAGGCCCCGCGGCUGCGUGAGGUCAUCUUCUGGGGACCGAGCACGUGCUUGCUCACGGUCCCGUGGUCACGCGUGGAUGUGUUCCGUGCAUGCGGCGGCCCGAUGGAGACGCGGACAGCGCUGUCGUUCAUGGGUGCCCUGCCAUCCGGCGCGUCAGCGUACUUCUACAUCAACGCACAGCGCAUGCCUCCGCCGAAUGUACCACUUCCGCACGUGCGUAGCGUCGUACGACGGUUCGGGAUCGAUGUGGGGUGCUGCUUUGAUCCGCCAGUAAGCGGCGCGGCGGUACGACGUUUGUGGGACGGCGUGACGUUCACGGGGCUGUACCACCUCCAUUUGAAAGCAAGACGAACGCAUCCGGCGCCGAUGUGGCACCACACGUCGUUUAUGGCGAUGGCGGAGCGGUCUGGGUUCGCCCGGACGCUCGUGUCGCUCACAUUGCGGACAUUCGUUGGCGAGCGUGAGCUAGGAGAGGUUCUCGCGCCGCUUAAAGCCCUCGAGAAGCUGGACCUGACAGAUGUGGUGAUUGAGGGGAAGAGGAUCGUCAUAACAGACGGCGUCCUGAGGCUGUUGGCGGUCGCGAAAGGUGUGCUCAUACUUCCGCGCCUACAGAGGCUGUAUCUGCGCACAUUGCUGGGGUUUGACGAGCACGUGUUCGUGCGCUUCGUGGAGAGCCGGGUGGACAAAGGGCUUACAUUUCUCGGCGUGUUCUGGGUUCCGCGGCCGGCAGCGGUGGCCGGGGACGAGAUAUUGACGGAUGAGGAAGAGGAGAGCGGCGCCGAGCAAGAGGAGGAGGAGUCUGAGUCUGACUCAGAGGACGGGGCGGAAGGCUCCGGUAAUGACAGUAGCGAGGAAGACGACGAGGAGAGCGACAGCAAUAGCGAGGGCGAGGGUGAAAACCUGUACGCCGUCCCCGCUGCGGCGAGCAGUGCGACGAGCCUACUGCCCGUGUCCGCGCGCACGGUUGCGCGAGGUCACCGGACACCCCAACGAACGAAGAAAUGGCCGACAGCGGGGCUGAGCGAUGCACUCGUACGUCGCAUGCAAGGCCUCGCCGAGAAGGGUUUGAGAUUUCGCGACGGGGUGUUAAGUCCGGGAGAGUAUAGCUAG